AUGCGGGGGGCCCCGGCCGCCCCCAUCCCACCGCGGCCGAAGCCGAUGCUGCUGCUGUUGCUUCUGUUGUUGCUGUUCUGCCGGACUCGGCCCCAGGGCAGCCCGGGGCCCCUGCAGUGCUAUGGAGUUGGACCCUUGGGCAACCUGAACUGCUCCUGGGAGCCUCCUGGGGACCUGGGAGCCCCCUCCAUGCUGUAUGUCCAGAGCCAGAAGUACCAUUCCAACAAGACCUGGACCGUGGCGGUGCCCACCGGCCAGAACUGGGUGACCAUCCCACGGGAACAGCUCACCACGUCUGACAAGCUCCUUGUCUGGGUGGCCAAGGCCGGCCAGCCUCUCUGGCCCCCCGUCUUCGUGAACCUCGAAACCCGAAUGAAGCCAGAUGCCCCCCACCUGUACCCUGACGUGGACUUCUCAGAAGAUGACCCCCUGGAGGCUGUUGUCCAGUGGGCCCCUCCUACGUGGCCACCCCAUAAGGUCUUGGUCUGCCAGUUUUACUACCGAAGGUGCCAGAUGCCCUGGGUGCUGCUGGAACCGGAAGUGAAGUCCAUACCUCUGACCCCUAUUGAGAUCCAGGACCUGGAACUGGCCACUGGCUACGAGAUGUUCGGCCGCUGCCAAGUGGACAAAGAGGAGGAUCUGUGGGGCGAGUGGAGCCCCAUUCUGUCCUUCCAGACACCACCCUCUGCUCCAAAAGAUGUGUGGAUCACGGGGAACAUCUGUGGGGCACCGGAUGAACAGGAACUCCUGCUUCUGUGGAAGGCUUCGGGGCUCUGCGUGCAGGUGACCUACAGAGUCUGGAUCCAGGUUAAAGAUCAGGACGUGAUCCAAGAGGAGACUCCCUGCUGCAACUUCUCCAUCCCCACCCAAGCGGAGUGGGUGGGGGUGUCUGCCCUGAAUGACACAAGCUGGGAGCCUCCUACCGACCUCUUUUUGACCUGUUUGGGUCCAGACUUUGCCCCGCAUGGCGUGGUGGUCAGGAGCAUCUCUGGAAACAAAGAGCUGCUGGUGACUUGGCAACAGGAGCCUGGGGAGCUGCAGGAGCAUGUGGUGGACUGGAUUCGAGACGGCGACCCCUUGGAGAACCUCAACUGGGUUUGGCUUCCUCCUGGGAACCUCAGUGCAGUGUUGCCAGUGGAUUUCAAGGAAGGGGUCCCUUACCGAAUCACGGUGACCACGGUCUCUCCUUGGGGCUUGGCCCCUGCCCCCUCCGUCUGGAAGUUCAGAGAGGAACUAGUACCGUUAUCGGGGCCAGUGGUUUGGCGAAUCCAGGAUGCCCCCUCAGGGACCCCUGCCGUAGCGUGGGGAGAGGUCCCACGGCACCAACUUCGGGGCCAUCUCACCCACUACACCCUGUGCACUCAGAGUGGAACCAGGCCUCCUGUCUGCAAGAAUGUGACUGGCAGCACCCGAACCAUGACCCUGCCCGACCUUCACUGGGGUCCCUGCAAGCUGUGGGUGACUGCGUCCACCAUCGCAGGACAGGGCCCACCUGGUCCAAGCCUCCAGUUCCACCUACCAGAUAACACCCUGAAUUGGAAAGUUCUGUCAGUUGUCUUUUUCCUGUGGGGUGUGCUCCUGACCGGCUGUGGUAUGAGCCUGGCCACCUGUGGAAGGUGUGUCCACCUGCAGCACAAGAUACUGCCCCAUUGGAUCUGGGAGAAGAUUCCUGACCCUGCCAAUAGCAAUUUCAGCCUGCCGCACAUGAAGGAGGUGCCCCAGGCCCAGCCCCCUGGCGACUCACCCAUCCUGGAAGUGGAGGAAAUAGAGCAGGUUCCAGUUAAGGAGCCCCCCCAGCCCUUGGCGCCACUGGACUCUGGGUAUGAAAAACACUUCCUGCCCACACCUGAGGAGCUGGGCCUUCUGGACCCCACUGCAGGCUCCAGGUUACGGCCUGAACUGACCUCAGGAGGGGAGAGGGGAGCUCCUUUGACAGAUGAAGACACACAGGCUCAGAGCUGA